CGAGCAACAACACCAAAACACAAGUAAGAGCGAGAGAAAAGCAGAUAGAAAGAUAAUAAAAAUAAUAAUAAUAAUGCGGUGUAAUGGUUUAACCGUACACGGAAGCAACCACCGUGGCUUCUGCGUCCCCACCGUGUCUCCGGUGUUCUUGAGACCCACCCGACCCGUCACCCGUAUCGCGUUUCCCAAGGCUAGCCUGAAGAACGAGGGACUAGUGAUGGAGUUAAGCUUCUACGAGCUUCUGGGUAUACCCGAAUCCGGUUCCUUGAUGGAGAUCAAGAACGCGUACAAGCAACUCGCCCGAAAGUACCACCCGGAUGUGUCUCCUCCGGGUCGGGUGGAGGAAUACACCAAACGGUUUAUUCAGGUGCAGGAAGCCUACGAAACUCUCUCCGAUCCUUCCCGAAGAGCCAUGUACGAUCACGACAUGGCUAAAGGUAUUAACUUCGCUUUCAACGCCCGCAGACGCCGCAAUUACCACGAUCAGGUGGUGGAACAAAAAACUGAAUGGAAAUCUCGGUGGCAAUCUCAACUGUCGGAGCUGAAGAGAAGAAGUAACAGCAAGGAGGGUGGAGGGAAUAUGUCAUGGGCAGCGAGAAUGCGCCAGCAGAGGGAUGAAUUGGCUAAUGAAUCAUGACUAGGACGUAACUAAUUGUAUAUAUACAUAUAUAUGAUAGAUGUGUACAUCUCCGAACUCUAGAUCAAAUCAGAUAUAUAAUAUGAAUCAUGAGAAAAUGUGCCAUUGCUGAAACAAAA